AUGACGCACAACAACGGUUCUUCUAGUAGUAGUGGAAGUGCUUCUUCGACAACUAAAGACACAAAACCUUCGGAAGAAAGGCUUAUGGUGGCUGUUCGAAUCCGUCCUCAAUCUGAAGAAGAAAAAAGUUAUGCAAGAUGUGUCCAUGCAAUCAGUGCAAAUACAAUUGCUUUAGAAGAAAAUCAGAAUGUAAAUUCGAAUAUUGGUGAAAGAGGUGGAGGAAGCUCUAAUUUAGCAAAUAUUGAUAGAGUUCGAAGUGCCCGGAGAUAUCGAUACGACUAUGUAUUUGCCGAGGACGCGACUCAGGAGCAAGUAUAUAAUUUGACGACAAAACCUUUAGUCCAAGAUGUUCUGAGCGGUUUCAAUGGAACUGUUUUUGCUUAUGGGGCAACCGGCUCUGGAAAAACUCACAAAGAAAGGGGCAUAAUGCCAAGGGCCUUAAAUGAUGUCUUCAAGGCUGUCAACGAAUCACCCAACCCCAAAAAUUACGAGGUGACAAUGUCCUACUUGGAAAUCUACAACGAGAACAUCAGAGACCUACUGGCUCCAAAUUCAGGAUUUCUGGAACUUCGAGAGGAUGGACGAGGACGAAAUAUAACAGUUGCUGGUCUAAGUGCUGUUACUGCAAGCAACACCGAAGAAGUUAUGCAACUUUUGCAAAAAGGCAACAAAGCUCGCACAGUUGAACCAACUGCAGCCAACAAGACAUCAUCACGCAGUCACGCACUUUUAAGCGUCACAGUCAAGGUACGAACAAAUCUAGGCGCCCUGUCUUCCGGAUGCAGAAUUAGACAGGGCCGCCUGUUUUUAAUAGAUUUAGCAGGAUCUGAAAGGGCACUGAAGACCAAAAAUCGAGGGAAGAGGCUGCAGGAAGGGGCACAUAUUAAUAGAUCUUUGUUGGCUUUGGGGAAUUGCAUCAAUGCUUUGAGUGGAGGAGCAAGAUACGUUAAUUAUCGUGAUUCCAAGCUGACGAGGUUGUUAAAAGAAGCACUAAGUGGAAAUUGCAGAACGGUCAUGGUUGCCCAUGUUUCACCAUCCAUACGACAACGUGAUGAGACCAGGAAUACACUUGUCUAUGCUGAUAGGGCCAACAGGAUAAGCACCAGAGUUCAAAGCAACGAGCAUGAAAUUCCCUACCAGGUUUCGCAGUAUCGUGGCGUCAUUAGUGAAUUGAGAGAGGAAAUCGCAAGACUGAGGCAUAAAAUGCAAGGUGAUCGUCCAAGGUCUGGUGUCCAGACUCCAGGACCGUCUCCUUUGCCGCCAGCAUCAUCGACUGCCCACAAGGAGCAAGUAAAGCAACUUCGUGAGCAGAUAGUAGGAGCCUUCAAAGAACAAAUGCGCCUACGCCGAAGGCUCAUGGAAGCAGACUCCCAUUUAUUAGGCUUAGGCUUAGAUGCAGAACGUCAACAUUUAGUGAUUUCGCACUGGGAGACCAGAGAUGGCAAAUUAUAUAACAGACGUGCUGAUGAUGAUCGUGCUGGUACUGCGUCUGGGCAGCCUCAGGCUGCAAGGGCUCUUAGGGCUGCCUGGGCUGAAUUGGCGAGUAUAGAAAGGGAACGCGAACGAUAUGCAGAUUUACGAAGGGCUACUGAAUUGGAGUUGGAAGAGUGCAGGAAACGUGGAGCAGCCUUAGAAGACGAAUUACCUGCUCGUAUAAGUUGUUCAGAAGAACGUGAACUCCUAGGUCUGAUGUGCAGAGUACAUGAAUUGGAAGCUGAUAAAAUGGCUUUGCAGUCUGAAAGACUAACCAGACAACAUGAAUUAAGACGCAGAGAUUUACUUCUACUACGAUACGACAGACAGAGACAAAUAUGUGAUGAAAUCAUCACCAGGCAAAGACAACUUAUGGAAGAAGGUCGUGUACAACUGCCUCCAGACUUACGAGAACUUUAUGGCCUGUACCAACAAGAAAUCCAUGCUGCAACUUUUACAGCAGACACUCCACCAAGUUGUUUUGCUGAUACCCCAUUUUAUGGACCACCUCCGACAGCCGGCAGCAGUAUUGGUACUGCUACAGGAAGAAGCAAAGGUGUCGAUAGACUUCCUCCAAUAACCCAAAGUGGAUGGUAUAGUGAUAAUUCAGCACGAUCAGGAUCAUCAUCUGGGUCAGAAUUUGGAGGUGGAGGUCACCAUCAUAGAUCACCACCGAUCGAUAUUUAUCAUCACAAAGAUCCUUACAGGAGACACCAUAGAUCAUCCUUGAUUCCACCGAGUACUGCUGAUAGAGGUCUGAUGGGUCCGGUGGUGUUACCUCCUGGUGCCCUUUUGGGCAAACCUAUUAGCCCUACGCCUAUGUUGACUGCUCAGACAUUUUCUCCGCAACCUGACGAAUUACCAAGGCCUACAUUUUCAGGAAAAAGAGAAUUGCUGAGGUCUUCGAGUGAAGAAAGUUUCUCUCGACUGGCUUUGACUUAA